GGAAGGACUGGCACAAUGGUGUCUCUCAAGCUGCAGAAGCGGCUCGCCGCGUCCGUGCUGAAAUGUGGACUCCGGAAAGUGUGGCUGGACCCCAACGAGGUCAACGAGAUCUCUAUGGCCAACUCCAGGCAAAACAUCAGGAAGCUUUUUAAGGAUGGGUUCGUCAUUCGCAAGCCUGUUGUCAUUCACUCUCGCUCCCGUGCUCGUGCUGCUGCUGAGGCCAAGGCCAAGGGACGACACAGUGGCUACGGUAAGAGGAGGGGUACCCGGGAGGCUCGCUUGCCCACCAAGGUGCUCUGGAUGCGCAGACUGCGUGUGCUGCGCCGCCUCCUUCGCAAGUACAGGGACUCUAAGAAGAUCGACAAGCACCUGUACCACGAGCUCUACCACAAGGUGAAGGGUAAUGUGUACAAGAACAAGCGUGUGCUCAUGGAGGCGAUCCACAAGCAGAAGGCUGAGAAGAUCCGUGAGAAGGCCAUUGCAGACCAGUUUGAGGCCCGCCGUGCCAAGAACAAGACCACUCGCGAGCGCAAGAUUGCCAGGCGCGAGGAGCGCUUGUCAUCGGGCGUGCCUACUGAGACUCCCAAGCAGAUAGCACCAGCCCCAGCCAAGAAGUGAAGCUCUUCCUGUCCUUAAGGGGUACAUCCCUGCUGUACACUAGCACAGUGCUGUGAGCACAAAAGGACUCUUUGAGGUUUAAAAAGAAAAAAAAGUGUCGCCUUGACCAUUGUUGUUCGGACCAGAUAGCUGUGACCUGUGUGGUAUCCGCCCACAGAACUGAUAUCUGUGCUAGCAUCAUGUAAUCGCGUGACUGACGACUC